AGCAAAUAACUUGUAUGGUUUUAUGUUUGUUACUUGUUAUAAUCAUAGUACGACCACACAUGGUGGUCCAAUAAUAAUCGUAUUGUGUUUGUGUACAACAUUUUUGCUAGACUCCUAGUGGGGUUUUAAACAUGUGUUUAGCGACGAAAAAAAAACGUGUUUAGUCUGAAAUGGAUGUGUCCGAACUGUUUCUAACUAAGCCGAAACAAAUGAUAUUUCGAAGCUUACAUAAACGGAAACAAGAUUGUAAUCCAUUUCAAUUUCAAGAUUUUGUAGAUUGAACAAUUUCUAAAUCCAAAAACCCCAACGGAAAAGUGGAUCAUACAUCAUCAUCAUUAUAAGUUUUAUAACCAUAAAAUCUAUAUCACCAAAAGGAGCUGCAAAUCCCUCCACCCGUAAUGUCCGGGUUGCUCACGUUUACGGUUCACCGGAAGAAGCCGGAGUUAGUUUCUCCGGUAAAACCAACACCGAGAGAGCUCAAACUCCUCUCAGACAUCGACGACCAAGAAGGACUAAGAUUCCACAUUCCCACUAUCUUCUUCUAUAGACAUAACCCUACUGCUUAUUCCGAUCCGGUCGCAGUUAUUCGGAGCCUCGCGGAGACGCUGGUUUACUACUACCCGUUUGCAGGUAGGCUCCGGGAAGGACAGAACCGGAAACUUGCCGUGGACUGCACCGGUGAAGGCGUUUUGUUCAUUGAGGCUGAUGCUGACGUGACACUUGUUGAGUUUGAAGAGAAGGAUGCUCUUAAGCCUCCAUUCCCUUGCUUUGAAGAGCUUCUGUUUGACAUACAAGGUUCUAGUGAAAUGCUCAACACUCCUUUGAUGCUCAUGCAGGUCACGCGCUUAAAAUGCGGCGGUUUCGUCUUCGCCGUCCGUAUCAACCACGUAAUGUCGGACGCCGCCGGUCUCAAGCUCUUUCUCAAAACGAUGUGCGAGUUCGUGCGUGGUUAUCAUGCGCCUACGGUUGCUUCGGUGUGGGAACGUCACUUGCUGAACGCCUGUGUCCCGGUGCGUGUGACACACAUGCACCGGGAAUACGAUGAAAUGCCAGCAAUUGGUACGAAAACAGCGGGGGACAAUCUGGUAGGCCGGUCAUUCUUCUUCGGUCACGGCGAGAUGUCCGCAAUACGGAGGCUCCUCCCACCGAAUAUUGUCAACAGUAGCACCAAUAUGGAAACGCUGACGUCGUUCUUAUGGCGUUAUCGCACUGUCGCUCUACAACCCGACCCGGACAAGGAGAUGCGACUCAUAUUCAUCGUCAACGGGCGUUCUAAACUUAAAAACCCACCACUACCUCCAGGAUAUUACGGAAACGCGUUCGCAACCACUAGGGAACUAAGUAACACUAAGAAACCGUUAGAGUUUGCUCUGAGACUAGUAAAAGAGGCGAAAUUGAGCGUGACAGAGGAGUACAUGCGAUCGCUUGCAGAUCUUAUGGUGAUAAAGGGAAGACCAAGCUUCUUGUCGGACGGAGCUUACUUGGUAUCUGAUGUGAGAAUUUUCGCAGACAUCGAUUUCAAAAUUUGGGGGAAACCGGUUUACGGAGGAAUUGGUACAGCCGGAGUUCAGGAUUUUCCCGGGGCUAGCUUCUACGUUUCGACUGAGAAGAGAAAUGGUGAGAUAGGGAUCAUUGUACCGGUUUGUUUGCCAGAGAAGGCGAUGCGAAUGUUUGUGGAAGAGCUUGAGGGUGUGUUUAAUGGUCAAUUUGUAUUCAACAGAGGAAGCAAAAAGCUCUAAUAAAUUGAUCAUGUCUUCUCUGUAAAAACUACCUUAUUGAUAACUUCAAUGCAAUGAUUGUCUUAGUAAAGAAA